CACCGCUUGUCUGUCCGCUCUUCAGCAGCCGGUCGGGGGCGGUGAAAAGCGAGUGAGGAGAGCGCGACGGCGGCGUAGCCAUCGCUGAGGGGAGAGCGAGGCCCGAGCUUCCGCGUCGAGAUUUGGUGACUGAGGAAGGGACCCAGAGACUCCUUGAACAAGGAAGGCAAGGUCAAAAUGGUUUCAAUCCCAGAAUACUAUGAAGGCAAGAAUAUCCUCCUUACAGGAGCCACUGGCUUCUUAGGGAAAGUGCUUCUGGAAAAGUUGCUGAGAUCGUGUCCUAAAGUGAAUUCAGUCUAUGUUUUGGUGAGGCAGAAAGCUGGACAGACACCCCAAGAGCGAGUGGAAGAAAUCCUUAGUGGCAAGCUUUUUGACAGGUUAAGAGAUGAAAAUCCAGAUUUUAGAGAGAAAAUUAUAGCGAUCAACAGUGAACUCACCCAACCUAAACUGGCUCUCAGUGAAGAAGAUAAGGAGGUCAUUAUAGAUUCUACCAAUGUCAUAUUCCACUGUGCAGCUACUGUAAGAUUUAAUGAAAAUUUAAGAGAUGCUGUUCAGUUAAAUGUGAUUGCUACACGACAGCUUAUUCUCCUUGCACAGCAAAUGAAGAAUCUGGAAGUGUUCAUGCAUGUGUCAACAGCCUAUGCCUACUGCAAUCGAAAGCAUAUUGAUGAAGUAGUUUAUCCACCCCCUGUAGAUCCCAAGAAGCUGAUUGAUUCUUUAGAAUGGAUGGAUGAUGGCCUGGUAAAUGAUAUCACACCAAAAUUAAUAGGCGACAGACCUAAUACGUACAUAUACACCAAGGCGUUGGCAGAAUAUGUUGUGCAACAAGAAGGAGCAAAGCUAAAUGUUGCCAUUGUAAGACCGUCGAUUGUUGGUGCCAGUUGGAAAGAACCUUUUCCAGGAUGGAUUGAUAACUUUAAUGGACCAAGUGGUCUCUUCAUUGCGGCAGGGAAAGGAAUUCUUCGAACAAUGCGUGCCUCCAACAAUGCCCUUGCAGAUCUUGUUCCUGUAGAUGUAGUUGUCAACACGAGCCUUGCUGCAGCCUGGUAUUCCGGAGUUAAUAGACCAAGAAACAUCAUGGUGUAUAAUUGCACAACAGGCAGCACCAAUCCUUUCCACUGGGGGGAAGUUGGAGAUUAUCUAAAUCAUUCCUUCAAGAUGAAUCCUUUAAACCAAGUAUUCAGGCACCCCUAUGUUAAGUUCUAUUCCAACAACCUAAUGCUCCAUUAUUGGAAGGGUGUCAAACAUACAGUACCUGCAUUAUUGCUCGAUCUUGCACUCAGGUUGACAGGUCAGAAACCGUGGAUGAUGAAAACAAUCACUCGUCUUCACAAAGCCAUGGUAUUUCUUGAAUAUUUCACAAGCAACUCUUGGGUUUGGAAUACUGAUAAUGUUAAUAUGUUAAUGAACCAACUAAACCCUGAAGAUAAAAAGACCUUUAAUAUUGAUGUACGGCAGUUACACUGGGCAGAAUAUAUAGAGAACUACUGCAUGGGGACUAAAAAAUACGUAUUGAAUGAAGAGAUGUCUGGCCUCCCUGCAGCUAGAAAGCAUCUGAACAAGUUGCGGAAUAUUCGUUACGGUUUCAAUACUAUCCUCGUGAUACUUAUCUGGCGCAUUUUUAUUGCAAGAUCACAAAUGGCAAGAAACAUCUGGUACUUUGUGGUUAGUCUGUGUUACAAAUUUCUGUCAUACUUCCGAGCAUCCAGCACUAUGAGAUACUGAAGACCAAGAAUUUAGCAUUAGAACAUCUAUGCAUACGGUGAUCUAAAUGCACAAAAUGUAAAAUGUACUUAAGUCAUCUCACCUUUUGUUACGACAUUAAACCAUCUUAAAUUGGAGCGUGGAGUAAAUUAUGGUCCAUUUUAUGUAACAUUUUAAUGUUUAUGCUCAAAAUCUAGUGAACAUACUGUGGUAUGCCAGCUCAGAUCUGCAAUAGCCACUCAAACUACGAUUUAACAUUUUAAUCCUUGGAAUGCAAAGUGUAGGAAGAGGGCAGAAGUGGGGCUAUGGGAACAUUGACCAGUAUAACUGUGCAGUUCUGGAACAUACUAGUUAAAACAUGCCUUAACAUGCAGUCCUAAUAUUCAGUGCAAUGGGAAGUGUGCAGAUAGGAGGCCUAGAAAAAUUAGUUAAAUAUUUGCUUCAGUAUUGAUUUCUUUCUUUCUUUCUUUCUUUCUUUCUUUCUUUCUUUCUUUCUUUCUUUCUAAAUCAGAUGAGAGGCGGAGUUUAGGUUUGCUAAAACCACAGGCAUGUAUUUUUGCUUCCUAUAAGUUAUAGGUGGUAUCAAGUACAAAGACACGUUUUAAUUUUUUUAUGAUUAAAUGUAUGUUGCAUAUCAUUUUCCUGCAAAUAAUCAGUUACUCUUAUGAUCAGAAGGCCAAAUAUUAUCUAAAGACACUAAUGAAGCUAAAUGAAUUAGAAACUCCAUAUCAGUACACACUGUGCAUUUGAAACAAAGUGAAAACAUACACUAAAACUGUGUUAGUAUCAAAAGAAUAGGAAAACAUUUUCUAGUCCACAUUUUGAUCAGAUGGAACUCUGCUAAGAUGUGUUUUCAUUUUGAAGAGGAUUUCUUGAGACUUGAUUAGAGGUGGGAUUGGGGAAGGGUUCAUCAUGUGCGCUCUCCUCCCUUACAAAUUUUCUCACAGGACCUGCCCCACUGAAUGUGCAUUAUUAUGAGGGAUGGAGUUGCAGCUUCUAACAUUAAGAAAUUGUCCUCAUGUGUUUGCCGGCACAUACAGAUUUUGACCAUGAAAGCUGAAUUACUUUUAAAAAAUGCAUAAGUAUGUGUAUAAAAUUAAAUAAAGGAUUUUUCCUUGUAAUGUAGCAAACUGUUGAAUGAGUUUCAAGUCAUCAUUUAUUUGCAUGUUGUUUUAGCUUUAGAAAGAAAGACAUGCAUUUUAGGAAUAAGUAUAGCAAGAAAAUUGAUGUGUUUUUAUUGACACAUUACAGUUUCCUUUAAAUUUUACUAGUUUGUUACUAUUAUUUUUUAAUGGCUUGUUCAGCACAACACUGUUAAAAUUAUGCUGAUCAAGUUGUGCUACGUUUAAAUCAUCAGCAGUGUAUGUUGAAAGUGCUUAAGAGGGUCAGUUCACAGUACAAGACAUUAAACAUAACUUCACAUUUUAAUGUUUUUGCCAAUUGAAAUACAGUGUAGAAGAAGUUUAUUUUACUAUUGUGAAAAAACAAAAUGUAAAAGAAACCCACUUUUUCCAUACAGGUAUAUAAUCUUGAAAAGGAAAAAAAAAAUGCUUCUGUGUUGAAGCCAGACUUUGUGUAGUAGAACUUAUAAACAUUAUUUUAAAAGAAAUAUGUAUGUAAAUAUCUGUGUAUUUUUUGGAAUGACACUGAAGUCUCUGGUCUAGGACCAUGCCUGUGUAAGGUGUGAGAGACCAUGAUAGUGUGUGAAAAUGGAUGUGAUUUAAGGUGGUCCAUAUAAGAUAUAUUGAGUACUCCAUGUCUCCAAAUACAUUUCCAUGAUGUAAUUAAAACACACUAACCUUUGAAUGAUUUUUGUACAUCAUCCAAAUAUACCUAGAAUCUGGUAAAUUGUCUUUAGGUCUCAGAAAAGAAUCAGGUACAAUGUGGACAGGCUCAUGAAGUGAAUUGGACAUGUGUCUUCUGUUUUAUUGCUCUUGUAAUCUAAUUUAAAGAAGUGCUAACUAGGGGCAUUCUCACUGAGGUUACAAAUUAAUAUUGUGUGUUUAGAAUUUUGUUGUCAAAAGAAUAAAUGAUGCUAAUCCUGGAAUUUACAAUUUUGAAAUUAGUAUGGAGAGUAAAAUGUGACAUUGUUGGUCAUCUCCAACUAAGGUCAUAUUUAAAAGAGUUUGGAAAUGUAUUCUGUUUGUAAUUUACUAGACAGUGCUUUUAGUUGUGAUUAUAUUUUCCAUACAGAUUAUUCAAUAGGACAACCUGCAAAAUAAUCUAUUUCAUUCAACUCAUUUGGCAAAACUGUAUUCCAAACCAUUUGGUUUUCUCCCCUUAUCUUUCCUUCUCUGAACUCUGGCAUACAUAUUUGUACACUGUAAUGUCAUUGUAACUGUUUUAUUGCCUUGGCAACGCUAAUGUAUCUUAAAGCUUAGUGCAGAUAAGCAUGACCAGGGUCAUAUGUUGUUUGACUUCAGGUUGACAUAGAAUAAGCGUUUCUCCAGUCUGCCAGUUGAAGCUUGGAAGUGGGAGGGCACUCUCCCCUCUUCCCUUUGUGUUUGUCUAUAGGAACUAAUUGGGAAAUUUUUGUUUUGUGUUUUUGUUUGUUUGUUUAAGUGUAAACUGAUAAUCUUUUAUAAGAAGUAAAUAGAAACAUUGGGUGCCUUUGUUUGUAAACCAAAAAGUAAUAAAUGAAUCCCUAUAUUUCUAUUAUAGCAUCUAUUGUAUUUUUACAUUGUGGAAAUCAUCCAUGAGUUAAUGUGGCUACAAUGACAGGAAGUAGUCCUUGAACCUUUUGUCUUUUUUAGGUGUCCUCAUCCAUUCUCACAUCUUUUUAUGUCUGAGUUGUUCACAUAGCACUUUAGGGGAAGCAUACAGGCAGAACGAACACUUAAAUAUUUUUAUAUAGUAGUUAAUGAAGGACAUUUUCUGGUUUGUUUUUGAAUGUAAACAGAACCAGACCACCAGCAUGUUCCUAGGGUGAAUGACAUUGUGUUAGUUUAUAGGUCCUUCACCAGUAAUUGAUCUGGCUUCAUUUGAAGGCUUAUUCAUUUUCAUAGAGACUGAGUGAACUGCUUGGGGGAGGCUGAGAGUGUGUCAGGAUAGGGUUGGCGUGUAAGUGGCUUCAUAAGCAUGCCUUUCUAGGCCAACAUCCAGCUCUGCCUUGAACCCGUUUGCACUGACUAUCUCUGCUUUGAGAAAACAUUCUAACUUUGCAUGAGAAGCUUAGAGAAAAGGGUAUAUGCGCCGUAACUUACAAACAUGAGUUUAUCAGUCUGUUUAAAUAUAUAUGAAAUAUUUUCUUAAUAAAGAAAAUUUGAGCAACAUUAA